AUGGAUUUUCGAUGUAAUUAGGUGGAUCAUCAAAAUUUAAAAAUAAUUGGCUUUUGUCUAGACCCUGAAUGUCAUUAACAAAGACUUUAUUGUCAUUAUUGUUUGAAUAAUCACUCUUAACAUUAAAAUAAAACAAAGCCUUUAGAAUUGUUGCCUGAAUGGAUUAAUGAAAAAGUCGCAAGUCUUAAAGUUAUAUAGGGAUAAAUUUAGGAUUGCAAAUCAUACCUUUAAACUUUAAUUGAUGUAUUUAUACCUUAUUCAAAUACAAAUGUUGAAAAUAUGGGAAUUUCUGAACUUAGUAAUAAGAUUAAAGGUGUUAGUUAAAUAGAAGUAUUUGAGAAAUAGUUUUAAGGACUACUGAAAUAAUCAAUAGAUUAAAUAAAACUAAUAUCUGAUCAAACAAAAGAAAAUAUUAAAAAUCCAGGAAAUUCCAAACAAUUAUAUAAUACUUUAAUAUAAAAAAAAGAAUAAUUGAACUCUCAAUCAUAAAAAAUUUAACAAUAAGAAAAACGAUUUGCAUAUAAUCUAAUUGAUUAGAAUUCAUUUUAAUAAACUGAAGGAUGUCGUGCAAUCGCUUUUAAUAAAGAUGAUUCAAUUGUUAUUGCUACAAAUGAUAGAGCAAUAAAGGUUUAUAUUCAUGAUAAAGGUAAAUUGAGUUUAAUAUAAACCUUAAAUGAACAUAAAGAGAAUGUUGUGACAUUAAAUUUUAUGUUGAAAUCUGAUAAGUUUGUAUCUGGCAGUUUUGAUUCCUCAAUUAUUAUAUGGUAAUAUAAUUUUGGUUAAUGGACUAAGUAACAAUAAUUAACAGGACAUACAAAUUGUAUACUAUGUUUAUUAGUAAAUAAUAAAGAAGAUCUCAUUAUUUCAAGUAGUAAAGAUAAUACAAUUAAAUUUUGGAUUAAAUAGAAUGAUAGUUGGUAAUUUUAAUAAACUAUAAAUGAACAUACUAAAAGUGUACAUUCAUUAAGCUUAAAUGAAUAAUAAAAUCAAUUGAUUUCUUGUUCAUAAGAUAAAUAAAUAUUUGUUAUAUAAGAAUUUGGUUAAAAGUGGAUAAUUAAAUAACGUAUUGAAUUAAAUUAAUAUGGAUAUCGAUUAUGUUUCAUAAAUGAUAAUUAAUUUGUAUUUUAACCUUAUUGUGAAGAAUUAAUGUAAGUUUAUGAAUUUGAUCAAUAUAUAUAAUAGUACAAGAAGACUAAUGAAAUUCCUGUUAAGUGUGGUUCAUCUUCAGAUACUAGUUAUUUUCAAUUAUAAUAUUUAAAGUCAAAAAGUCUUCUAUUUAAUAAAAAUGGAAUGUUUAUUAAUAUAUUAAAAAAGAAAGGAGAUAAUUAAUUUUAAGUUGAAUAAUAUAUUUCUUUUGAUGACCAUGUUAAUUUUGGAUAAAUAAGUUAAGAUGGAAAUUAUAUGAUAAAUUGGGAUAUGGCUAAAAGGAGAAUACAAAUUAGAAAAUAUCAAGAAUUAUGA